GGAAAGUAGAUUGAAGCUGAAGCGUUGUUGGGAAAUGUAGUUCUAGGUGGGGCGAGAAGCGGAAGGAGAUGCAGUUCCGGCAAUUAUUAAGAGACAUCCUGGACAGAUAAUUUUAUUUCCCAGGUCUUGUGCUUUUAGUUGAAACUGCAAAGUCACUGUUGGCCUCAGUUCAUUUAUGAAGACCGAGAUCAUCAGUGCAUCAUUCUUCCUUCCCUCCUUUCAUACAGAACUACCUUCUUGCUAUAAACAAUUAUUUGUUCCUGUUUAUGGAUUAUUAAAUGAUGGAUAAAUUUGUCAUAAGAACGCCCAGAACUAAAGGAGAAUCAACAAAGAACGAUCCUAGGGAAAAAGUUUAUAAACAAGCUACAAUAGAAUCUCUAAAGAGAGUGGUAGUUGUAGAAGAUAUAAAAAGAUGGAAAUCCAUACUAGAGCUUUCAAUUCAACCUAAGGAGAACCUAAUUGAGGCCUUGAUGGAGUUAAGGAAGAAAAUGCCCUCCAAGGAAAUUUUGCUUUCCACAAAAAUAGGUCAUACAGUGAAUAAGAUGCGGAAACACCCGGACCAGGAUGUGGCCACUCUUGCCAAAGAGGUGUACGCUGAGUGGAGAAGUUUUAUUAAAAACCACUCAAAUAGACCUUUAAUUGAAGUCAGGAGUAAUCCCAGAACAGAGAGUCUGAGACAGAAUGCCCGGAAGCUACUAGCAGAAGCUCUAGAAGCUGAGAUUGGUCACCUGCUGGCAGAAAAUAUUGAGCAAGAAGCUUUUUAUCUCUCUUCCCACCUCGUUAACACGUCCUACCGCAAGACCGUGCGUGCGCUCGUGUUCUCUUUGAAGCACAAUCCCGAAACUCGCACACAAGUGCAAAGUGGGGUUUUGUCAGUGAAGAUGCUUGUCCGAAGCCACAAAAAGUGAUUCAUAUACCUCUUGAGAAGAUUUUUAGAGGGUGUACGAUGGCAUACGUAUUCUAAAACAUGGGACUUAUUUUUUGGGUGGACUGAGUAUGUUUUGGAUCAAUGUGGAAACAUGUAUAUUUAAGAAAGUUUGUUACUGGCCCAGUCAUCAUUUGAAGCAAGUGGUUAGUGUGCAAGAUUGAGUAAGGGCCUUCUUCUAUCUUAUAACAACUUAGAAAGAAAUCUCUUUUAGACAGUAGAGAUGACUGCAACUUUUGUAGUAUGCCAGAAACGUAUAAGAACUGAAAUAAAAUGUACAAAA